UGGCUGGAACCACAGGUGUGCAUCACCAUGCCCAGGUAUGGAAAAUAAAAGAAGCAGUGUUUUAUGUGCAUUUCAGCAGGUCUUCUUGAAAUUUAACUGAAAAUAUGACUGCUCUCUUUUCAGAGAACUGCUCUUUUCAGUACCAGUUACAUCAAACAAACCAGCCCCUAGAUGUUAACUGUCUGCUAUUCUUGAUCAUACUUGGGAAAAUAUUACUAAAUAUUCUCACACUAGUAAUGAGAAGAAAAAACACCUGUCAAAAUUUUAUGGAAUAUUUUUGCAUUUCACUAGCAUUCGUUGAUCUUUUGCUUUUGGUAAACAUUUCCAUUUUAUUGUAUUUCAGGGAUUUCGUACUUUUAAGCAUUAGAUUUACUAAAUACCACAUCUGCCUAUUUACUGAAAUUAUUUCCUUAACUUACGGCUUUUUGCAUUAUCCAGUUUUCCUGAUAGCUUGUAUAGAUUAUUGCCUGAAUUUCUCCAAAACAACCAAGUUUUCAUUUAAGUGUCAAAAAUUGUUUUAUUUCUGUACAGUAAUUUUAAUUUGGAUUUCAGUCCUUGCUUAUGUUUUGGGAGAUCCAGCCAUCUACCAAAGCCUGAAGCCACAGAAUGCUUAUUCUCAUCACUGUCCUUUUUAUGUCAGCAUUCAGAGUUACUGGGUAUCAUUUUUCAUGGUGAUGAUUUUACUUGUAGCUUUCAUAACCUCUUGGGAAGAAGUUACUACUUUGGUACAGGCUGUUAAGAUGACUUCCUAUAUGAAUGAAACUAUCUUAUAUUUUCCUUUUUCAUCCCACUCCAGUUAUACUGUGGGAUAUAAAAAAAUAUUCUUAUCCAAGCUCAUUGUCUGUUUUCUCGGUACCUGGUUACCAUUUGUACUACUUCAGGUAAUCAUUCUUUUAUUUAAAGCACAGAUUCCUGCAUAUAUUGAGAUGAAUAUUCCCUGGUUGUACUUUGUCAAUAGUUUUCUCAUUGCUACAGUGUAUUGGUUUAAUUGUCACAAACUUAAUUUAAGAGACAUUGAGUUACCUUUGGAUCCAUUUGUCAACUGGAAGUGCUGCUUCAUUCCACUUACAAUUCCUAAUAUUGAGCAAACUGAAAAACCUCUAUCAAUAGUGACUUGUUAAUAUUAUGAAGUAAAAGUUACAACUAUAAUAAGGUCAUAAUUUUACAAACAAAGAAUUCAGGACAUAUUAAAAAAUAAACUGAACCAAAGCUUUGCCCCUUAACUUUGAUACCUUUUCAGAAUGUGUCUUUUGGGGCUAUGAUACUACUUAUUAAAUAGUGUUUCAUUUUAAAAACAAAAGAAUUCCAAGAAGUUUUUAUACUUAUUAAGGGACACUAUAUUAAUUUGUUAUUAACACGAAAAGUGAAAUGAGUUAACAUUUGGCCAUACUGAUGUGUUACCCCAAAAAAACUACCGGAUGUAAAUCUGAGAUUUCACUGACCACUUUAAGGUAUCAACCUAAAUAAACGUUUUUAUUAAAUGUUCAAAUGACAGCAAGAAAAUAAAAACUGUUCUUAAAAUGA